AUGACUUCGUUACUGCAACCAAUGGACCAAGGCAUUAUCUACAACAUGAAACAACAUUACAGAAAACGAAUUUUAACGAAUAUAUUGACUCAAGUGGAUGAGGGAAAUUCUGUUAUGGCCAUAGACUUGCUGCAAGCAGUUCGAAAUCUUAGCAAUAUAUGGAAUGUCUGUGUUAAACCAGAAACAAUUGCCAACUGUUUUAAAAAGGCUGGAUUUCCAAAAGAUGCUAUUCAGAUUCCAUUUGAGCAUUGGGAUGAAGAGGACCUUCUUUCAAAAUCGGAUUUGGCUGCUUUACAGUCUUCAUUUAAAAAAGUAGCAAAUAUCGAAGCAUCGUUUGAUGACUACGUAAAUGUUGAUAAUGGUGUGCAGACUUGGGACAACCCAUCCGAAGAAGAUAUUCUCAACAGCAUUUUUGAAAGUCGCGGAGUUCCAGCUGAACCUGAUAACGAUGAACACGAUUUGACCGUUGAAGAAUUGGCAGAAACUGAGGAGGCAUUACCUACGUUGAUACAAGCUGCUUCAUUCUUUAGCGUAAUUAGAACCUUUGUGGAAAUCAGGAGUGACGUGCCGAUUAAUGUUUUCAACUCUCUACAUGAUUUGGAAGCUUUUAUUGAAAAUGAAAAAUGGAAGACUGUAAUUCAAACCAAACUCACUGAUUAUUUUAAAUAA